AUGUGGAAAGUGCUCCUGGGUCUAUAUAUAGUACUGGCUGUGAGAGGCUUGGCCAAGGGUGCUCCUUUCCGACCAGAAGAAAAAUGGAAACCUCUAGAUAACCCCAGAAACAGAGACCUGUUUUUCAGAACACUCCAGGCCUAUUUUUUGGGCAGGGGUCUUGAUCUCGGGAAGUUCCCAGUUACUUUCACCCUGAACAAUGAAGGACCAAGGCCUCUCAUGUUCUACUCAGACCCUAUUGCUUCUGCAUUUGCAGAUUAUGAAGAAAGGAAAAACUCUUUUCCAAACUAUUUCAAAGGUUGA